AAAAUAAUCAUAUUAUUUAAAAUCAAUAAUAAUAAUAUCCUGUUUAUUUUUCCUUUUGUCAACUAUUAGUUGCAGAAUCAGUUGAUUUCUUCAGUUGAACGUCUUCCACUAACUACUGGUGGUGCACCUUUAGUUAUACGUGGUAAAGAUUUUCGAGUACUUCGUCUAAUUCUACUGAAAGAACGUGAUUGUCAUGAUGUUUAUCUUACUUUGACCAGAUUAAUACGUGUUGCAAAUGUAUCUGAGCUGCCGUGUUAUCGUUUCGUUCCACCUGAUUGUUAUUGGCCUCGUGAAGAAGGCUGGUCAAUGUUUUCAUUGGAAUCACAGUAUAAUCGAUUUGGACUGCCUAAUUCUUUCUGGACGCUAACGAAUGUGAAUAACAAUUUUGAGAUAUGCGACACCUAUCCUUCUCUGUUAUGUGUCCCAAGUAUGAUAUCAAAGAAUAUUCUCUAUGGAAGUUCACGUUUUCGUAGUCGUGGCAGAUUUCCUGUGUUAACUUAUCUACAUCCAAAUGGAAAGUCAGCAUUAUGUCGAAGCAGUCAACCGCUAGCAGGUUUUUCUUCAAAAUCAACAGAGGACCAGGUACUCUUUGAAGCUAUACGUAAUUCAAAUCCUGAAUCCAAUAUCCUUUAUGUGGUUGAUACACGACCUGCAAUCAAUGCGUUGACUAAUCGUGCACAAGGCAAAGGAUAUGAAGAUACUAAUGUCUAUCGGAAUGUCGUAAUCCAAUUCUUUGAUAUUGAAAAUAUUCAUGUGGUUCGGUCAUCUUUAGAAAAGUUAUUAAAAGUUUGUUGCAGUCCUGCAAUAACACUGGAAAACUUCACAUCGGGUUUGGAUAAAUCUGGUUGGCUUAAACACUUACGUGCAAUUUUGGAAGCAGCCUAUUUUGUAGCUAAACGAUUGGAUGAAGGCAACUCAGUACUGGUUCACUGUUCCGAUGGUUGGGAUCGUACAGCUCAAGUUUGCGCCCUAGCACAAAUUAUUCUGGAUCCGUAUUAUCGAACAUUUAUAGGAUUACAAGCACUGAUUGAAAAAGAAUGGAUCCAGUUCGGUUAUAAAUUCACUGAAAGAUGUGGUUUAGAAUCUGAUGUUGAUCCACGUGAAGUAUCGCCGAUUUUCACUCAAUUUCUUGACUGUCUUCGACAUUUACUGGAGAUAUGUCCAAGUAAAUUUGAGUAUAAUGUUAAGCUGUUACAAUUUUUACACGAUCAAGUCUACUCAGCAGUUUAUGGAACAUUUAUUGGAUGUAACGAAAAGGACAGAAUAAAUCUUAGAGUUCGUGAGCGUACUUACUCUCUCUGGGCUUACUUAAAUCACUACCGUGAUAAAUGGAUUAAUCCCUUCUAUGAACACAAUUCAGUAUGGACAAAUUUUUCUAUUGGGAGUAGUUUCGAUCUAGAAAAAGAUACGUAUUUUGAAACAGAUGAUUUAAUCACCUCUGGAAUUGAACUUCUUGACGAUGGUAAAGGCAAUAGUCGAUAUGCAGCAGAUAUGCUUCCAGCACAUGUAUUAUAUGCACCAUUGUUUCGUUUAUGGCGUGAUCUGUAUUUACGAUGGGAAUGGCGUUUACCUAAGCAUGAUGGUCAACGAGAGAAUCAUGUCUCUGACUAUUUAUACGGUCUGACAACUUUACUUGACCAUAAUCGAUUAUUGGAGGCAAGAAUCAGGCAGUUACAAAAGUUAUUGGAUAAAAGUGAUGGUGCUAAUAAUAAUGAUAGUACUGUUGUACAUAAGAAUAAUUUAGAAGCUUCACCUGAGAAAUCACUAACUUCAAAAUUGACAGAUCUUAAAAUUGAUUGUGCACUGGAUAAGACUGAAAAUGAAAUUCAUUCAACUGACAACGAAAAGUCGACGGUUUCGUCGUCGAUUAAACAACCUCUUGUUUUUACAAGGUGGAAUUCAAUUUCUAAUGAUGAUCAAAAACAACUGCCUCUGCCUACUGUUGAACAACUCAAGUGUGAAAUGGAUAUAAUCAGUGUAAAAUGGUCACCGUGUAUGAAAUCAGGUGAUCUAUGCUGUGUUUGUAAUAGUCUCUUAGUCUUAUCCAAUCAAUCAGUUCAUUGUCAUUCAUGUGGCCUUCUCACCUGUUCACGGUGUAUCCAUCCCAAUCCACCAAUCAUUCCAAGUUUAUGGUCUACUGAUCAAAAAUCUGUACAGUUUUGUAAUACUUGUACUUCGAAACUUCGCAACAGUAAUAACACUUCAAAUUGUAAACAUUUCAGUCAAUUAAAAACAGCCAGCAACAUGCCAACUACUACAAAGCCUGAAAACAAUUCAUCAUCUUCAACUGAUCACCACCACCACCUGCUAACGUUUACAUCCUCCACGUGUAACUCUUGAUGUCUGUUAGCUGUGAAUUAAUUUUCCUCUCCUCAAAUUUACCAUGUGAUAUUAGGUAUUUGUGUAUGCGUGUGUCUAUCCAUCUAUCCAUGUUUUCUCUUUCUCUGAUAAAAAUUAUCUGUGAUCAUGUUUCGACAAGUGCUGUCUCAUUCUGUAUCUUCACAGUUCCUAUUUUCCCCUCUAUUAUUCAUCCCUUAAUUCCGUGUAUUUCCCUAAUCGAGGAAUAUGUGCUUUGAAUUGGAUCAGUGGUAAGCAGUAUUUGUUAGUUUAUUGAUUUAUUUUCUCUCCUCCAC